AUGGCGCAGGAAAAGGAGCGCAGGAAGGGAGGCGCAGGUGGCAACGGGCGUACAGGUGGCAGCUGUGCAGCAGCGCGCCACCCCGGCAGCACACGGCACAUCAGCUGGGCGCAGCUCUGGCUCCUCGCGCUCGUCAUAGCAGCUGCGGUGCUCGCGGCUGCGCCACCCGUGCUAGCUGAUGUCGCGGUGCUGUCUGACAAGGUGCUGACUCAGCUGCCAAUAUGGGCACGCAACCGGACUGCUGACAUUGUCAUGGACUUCAGCAAGGCAGACCCGGACUUCAAAUUCAAGGGCCUGGGCAGCAUUAGCUACCGCGGCAAGGAAAUGAAAGUGCGCUACCACAUUGGCUACUACCACGGCAACGUGGCCAUCGUGCGCUUCGGCACCAAGUUCAUCGCCGCCGUGCGCAAGAUGCACUUUUACAAGACCCUGCGAACCGACAUCGACAACUACCCGCUCAGCACCAAGCCCAAUGAGGGGGAGAUCAGCUGGUGGGCGACCAAGCUGGCGGUGUGCAGCGUAGAUGAGGCCACGCUGCAGCCGCAGGCGUGCCAGAACUUCGACCCGCGGAACUGGCAGGAAUGCCUGUGGAACAAGGGCUUUGAGGGAACAGGUCCCGAAGACCCCCGCCUGAUUGUGUGGCCCGGCAAGGGCCUGUACAUGAUGUUCGGCUCCAAGCCGUCCGCGGUCAACCCAGAGGGCACCACGCCCGACGACACAAAGUGCGAGGGCCCCUGGGCCUUCCAGCAGUACCUCGUCCUGCUCCAGCCGCACGCUGACAAGGCGGACGCGGGUGACCCCUGGCAGCGCGGCGUCAUACGCCUGCGGUACCUCGACGGGCAGCCGCGGCCCAGCGACCCCAACUUCCUGCUCAAGGAGAAGAACUGGAACCCCUUCAUCUUCAAGGGCAAGCUCUACUUCAGCCAGCAGUUCGACCCCCACGUGGUCAUCGAGCCCCACGCCAACGGCACAUGCACCCGGGUGUUUGAGACGAGCAGCCGCGUGUUCCGCAACCUGACCACCAAGCCGCGGGGCAACACGCAGGCGGUGCUGGUGCCGGCGGGGUUCAGCGGGGAGCCAAGGGACUUCUACCUCAGCAUAGUGCACGCCGAGAUCAACCGCAGCUACCAGAACUUCUUCUACAAGAUGCAGGCGCACCCCCCGUUCCGCAUCUUCUCCGUGUCCCGCGCCAUGCCCAUCAUCAACGCGCAGCACCCCCGCAACCUGGCCUGGACCAGCGUGUCGUUCCCCAUGAGCCUGGACCUCAUCCCGGAGACCAAUCAGGUCAUGAUUGGCUACGGGUCCGGCGACAAGACCCCGCGCGUCAAGAUGAUGCCCUGGCAGGACGUGCAGGCGCUGUUCCCCAAGAACACACACGAGACGGGCGGGGCAUGGCGCUACAGGGACCGGCGGCGCGCGGCGGCGCUGAGGCGCGCGUGA